AUGGCCAAGAACAAACUAAGAGGGCAGAAAUCCAGGAAUGUAUUUCAUACAGCCAGCCAAAAAAACUUUAAGUCUAAAAACAAAGCAAAACCAGUUACCACUAAUCUUUUCUUUAAAAGAUUUUAUUUAUUUGAGAAACUGAUUCCUCAGCAGUGUCAUGAAAAUGAACCAGUUAAUGUUGAUGAAGUGACAAGAUUAAUGGCUCAGUUGUAA